CUGUGACGCGCAUCAGCCACACCCCUGUGCCGCACGGUGCUUUUUGCUCUACAGUCAGGUGUCAUUUCGUCCGGAAGUCAGGUAAACGCGUACACCUGACAUGCGGGAGGCCCUGGCUUACCUGCAUGACUCGGAGCUGGUGGCGGGCUUCCAGCGGCGAUGUGGACUCUUCUUGGUCGAGGUAACGCGUCACAGACGCGGGGGGGUUAUUGACCAAUCAGGUGGUCCGCACCAGAAGACUUGGGACCACCAGGACAGCAAAUCAAACUACAAAUAUGGAGAAAAUGGUUGCAUCAUCACCAAGCCAGGGUAUGAAGUGAAGAACCGGCUGCUGCACAUCCUCUUCCUGCUCUCGGCUGGCCUGGGGCACGAGGUCUUUUACAUCACCUGCCUGCCGUGCAUACACUGGAACCUGGACCCCUUCCUGUGUCGACGCCUCGUCAACAUGUGGACUUUGGUGAUGUACAUCGGCCAGGUGAUGAAGGACGUGUUGAAGUUGCCCCGUCCUUGCUCCCCGCCGGUGGUCAAGCUGGAGAUGCGUGUGGAUGCAGAGUACGGCCUGCCCUCCACGCACGCCAUGGCCGCCACCGCCAUCUCCUUCACGUUGUUGCUCAGCGCCCCCUCUAGGAUCCAGUUCCAGUUUGAGUUGGGUCUGCUGAUGGCGGUGACGCUGUCGACAAUGGUGUGUCUGAGCCGUCUCUACACUGGCAUGCACUCUGUUUUGGAUGUUAUCUGUGGUGUUUUGAUCUCAGCACUCGUGAUGGUUCUGACUUACCCGUACUGGGAAUCAUUCGACCAGUUCCAGCUCACCAGCAGCGUCUCUCCCAUGGCGGCGUUGGCGUUACCCUUCUUCCUCUGCUACACGUACCCAGAACUGGAACACUACAGCACCACGCGGGGGGACACCACCACCAUCCUUGCAGCCGGGGCCGGAUGCUCUGUUGGGUAUUGGCUCAACGAGCAGUUAGGGGAGACUUUUGAGCCCAGGGGGGUGCUGCCUGUACCCUUACCCGCACUGACCGCACACACACUGGCGCUGGGCAUUGCCCGCUUCCUUGUUGGAGUGGUGGCGGUGGUCGGAACCCGGCAGGUGAUGAAAGCGGUCAGCUUACGUUUGCUGUAUUGGUGGUACGACAUUCCAAAAGACGACCAGAGUGCCAGGACCAGGAAAGAGAUCGAAGUACCGAGCAAGUUUGCCACGUACACGAGUGUUGGACUUGUUCAUUCUUUGCUGGUCAGUAGAGUCUUUCUUUUACUGGGACUACUAUGUUGAAUAAACGUGUGUGUAAUCUGCAUUUGCAAUGACAAAUGUGAUUAAAUGUAAUAAAUAUGUACUUUAUAUAAUAAAGAGAAGACUGUUGGUGAGAUUCUCAUAAGUA